UUAAAAAUCAUUUUCAAAUGUGCUCUAGUUUAAAAAUAAUUUUCAAUUGUGCUCUUUAGUUUAAAAAUAAUUUUCAAGUGUGCUCUUUAGUUUAAAAAUGAUUGUAUAUCCGUGAUGCUGGUUUUUGUGAGGACAAUAUUGGUGCUGGUUGGAUCGGCAGACAAGGGCGGGAUAGCAUUGGCUUUACAUUCUGUGGCUGAUGUGCUUGGAACCAAAGAUCUUCCUGUUGUUAUGACUAUCCUAAUAUCACGAACGCUGGGUCUUAUAAUUGGAUCUGCUGAAUUAAGAGAGAAAGCAGCUUUGUGCCGUGGAGGGUUAAUUGAAGUGACAAGUGAGCAAGCAUUAAAGGAGUUUUUCAUUCCAAUCACAGGGCCGUUGAUCCGUAUAAUAGGGGACAGGUUCCCAUGGCAAGUUAAAAGUGCAAUUCUCUCAACUUUGAGCAUCAUAAUACAGAAGGGUGGGUUGGCCCUAAAGCCUUUUCUUCCCCAGCUUCAAACAACAUUUGAUAAAUGUUUGCAGGAUAAUACAAGGACUGUUCGAUCAAGUGCUGCUCUUGCCCUUGGUAAACUAAGUGCACUCACAACUAGGAUUGAUCCUUUGGUGUUGGUGAUCUUUUAUCUGCUUUACAGCAGUAUUCAGAUGUUGGAAUUCGUGAUGCUAUUUUGACUGCUUUGAAAGGAGUGAUUAAACAUGCUGGCAAAAAUGUGAGCAGUGCUUCUAGCACACGUCUAGAACAUAGUUUCUCUCAUUAAAAAUAAAAAUACUAGGUGGUUGUAUUUUUUUUUUUUUUUUAAAAAGAAGAAAGGAAAUACUUCAAAAUAAUAUACUGUUCCAGACGGCGGGCAAAACAGAAAAGCUUCUCUUUUUCGCUAAAUGCCAGACUGAAUCAACCCAGUCUUGUCUCUUGGAUCCAGUGGUUCUAUCAAAAUGGUAAUUUCAAGCAUUGCCAUUUGGGUGUUCUCUCGAUUCAUUUUUCUGGCGAAUUGGUUGAUGGUUUGGUUUGGGCUUGAAAUGGGCAGAUUUGAUUCAUUCUGCUUAAAAACUGGCAAGGAUAAGACUCGUUUGGCCAAGUAUUACACCCCCCUUGAGGAAUCCGAGAAGCACAAAGUCGAAAACAUGUUCUUGCUAUGAUAUCUCGAUACAUUUGUGUCAUUAACGCUGAGUUUUAACAUUCGAUCUGGUUCUGGAGGUUCAGCGGUUGGUCGUGAAUAGAGACCCCAAAUUCAUCAACUUUGUGGAGCUGAGAGGGUUAGAACUUUUUUUUUUUUUUUUUCACAAAUCGUUCUAUUGCCUCAUGUAAAACUUUUCAUGCAAUGAUAAGAUCUGUGCUGUGUGUUCUAUUCCUUUCAAAGUUAAGAGGCCAUUGAUUCCUUAAACUGUACUGCCAAAGAUGCUCUGAUUGAAUACUGAUUCUGUUGAUUGUUGUUAAGAGCGGAAUGUGAAGGAAAUAGUUAAUUGUUUCUCA